AUGCUGGAUGGUGGUGGUGCCGAAUGUUCCCUCUGCCACUUCGCGGUGGCCUGUAUGAAAAGAUCAUCCCGUUUUUUGAGACUCAACGAUAGCCCCCCGAAUGCCCUGCAUCUUCACUCCGGGAAUAUCCUUAACCGUUUUUAUUGCCCGCGCCAUUGCGCAAAGCCAUCAUCCCAUCUGAACAUGUUGCGCCGCCAUCCCUUCACUACGAACAGGGCGCGUUCAUUGCAAAAAAUUAUACCAUGCCUCGUUAUAAUCUGGGAAAGGGUUCGCCGGCAUGGGAAAAACUUUUCCCGGCAUGCGGUCACCAAUUGGUUGGGCGACACCCCCUCAAAUAGUCCAUUAUUCCUUUAA